AUGUCUACUAUAUGUCUCAGGCAGGAGGCAGCUGCCAGGCAUGAGGCUCAGAGACUAGAACAAGAAGCCCGUGGCCGCCUUGAGAGGCAGAAGAUCUUGGACCAGUCAGAAGCUGAGAAAGCUCGCAGAGAACUCUUGGAGCUGGAGGCUCUGAGCACUGCUGUGGAGAGCACUGGGACCGCCAAGGCGGAGGCCGAGUCCCGCGCAGAGGCAGCACGCAUUGAGGGACAAGGCUCUGUGCUGCAGGCUAAGUUGAAGGCAGAGGCCUUGGCCAUUGAGACGGAGGCUGAGCUUCAGCGGGUCCAGAAAGUGCGAGAGCUAGAACUGGUCUAUGCUCGGGCCCAGCUGGAGCUGGAGGUGAGUAAGGCCCAGCAGCUGGCUGAGGUGGAGGUGAAGAAGUUCAAGCUGAUGACGGAGGCCCUGGGCCCCAGCACCAUCAGGGACCUUGCCGUGGCAGGGCCAGAGAUGCAGGUAAAACUGCUCCAGAGCCUGGGUCUGAAAUCAACCCUCAUCACUGACGGCUCCACUCCUGUCAACCUCUUCCACACAGCCUUGGGUCUACUGGGGCUAGGGUCUGAGGCCCAGUCCACAGCCAAAAAUGCGACCGGGGGCCAUGGGCCUGAAAAAGGCUUGCUUCUCCAGUCCUCUGCUGUUCCUCAAGUUUUUGGAAGCAGCCGUACUGUGCCUUAGCUUCAUGUUGCAUCGACAAAUAAACCGUAACACUCCUGGGCAUUUAAACCCUC